GAAGAAGCUAGCCGGUGGCUAGCGGCAGCCCCAGCAGAGGAAGCCGCCUGCUGUGUAAUGCUACCGGGGAGGAGGAGGACUGUUCUGGGAGGACGGUGCUCCGCGCUUCUGGAGCCAGUUUGGUGAAGUCUGGUGUGUGAGGAUGUGGCGGGGGGAGAACGGCCCGCGGGCUUUCCAGGCUCCGGUGGAUGUUCACGCCAGCGCAGAUGGUCAGGUGUACAUGUUCAAGAGGAAACCGAACGAUGCUACAUCCUCGGAUGAUGAGGAGCUGCUCGAGAUGAGGCCACAGACCUUUCAGGAUCAGAAGCAGGGUGGACUGAGGAACGUAGAGCUGCUGGAGCGGGAGCUAUUGGAGGGUGACAGUCUCAACAAGCUCGCACUGCAAUAUGGCUGCAAGGUGGCUGACAUAAAGCGGGUGAACAACCUAAUGCAAGAGCAAGAUCUUUUUGCCCUGAAAUCAAUUAAAAUCCCAGUUCAGAAGCACAGCCUCCUCACAGAGACGCAGUCAGACCCGUGUGAUCCUCAAGACGAAAUGCCACGCUCGUCCCCCACACCAGCAAAACCUCAGGACAGAUCGAGAGCCCGGCCGCAUCUACAGGAGGCCACGGCGUUUUUAAUGGAGGUGGAUAAUGAUCUUGACAAAUUGAUUCAGAACACGGCCGAUCAGGACGAGGGUUUCUUAGAAAUCUCAGAGAAACCGCGUCUGUUCGGCUUCAGGAAGCAGCGCCCGACGAGUCACGGUGCAGACUGGGGAAUCCAGUGGUGGAACGCUGUGAUCGCAAUGGUCCUCAUAGGUAUUGUUCUGCCGUUAUUUUAUGUAAUUUAUUUCAAAGCGAUAGAUAGCAAUAAUGUUGCCUCAGUAACGGAUGGGAGUCAUCUCUCAAAUUCAUCCACCAACUCUUCGGGUGCCUUACAGAGUGGUCACAGUACGAGUCCUUUACAAACCCAUGAGCCAGGAUAGCACAGGCUUCACACUCGGUUUUACCUUCACAACUCCUGCCUUUAUGGUCUGAUGACAAUCACAACAAAACUUUAUUCAGUGCAAUAACAAGAAAUGUCUAAUUACAAGCAAUGGGUUUGAACUGGUAUUGUACUACAACUGUGAAACUAAAUGUAGUGUAAUGAAAAAUGUUUCAUAUUAUUCUGGCUUCAGUCACAGUUUAGCACACAAAUGAUUUGUUAAAAAAGAAAAAAAAGGAUAUAGAUUGUUGCUCCAAUCCUCUUGUUGGGAUUACAGUUCCUCAGGUAUUAUACAACAUCAGGUAUUGUGUCAGACUCCCUUCUGUCCUUCAGAAUUGCCUUUGACAUCUGACAGUUUGAUCCAAAUCAACCCGAUGGCGUCACACUCCUCAGUUCAAAAGUGAAACAAGCCGCCCUCCAAUCCCAAAGAUUUUUGAUUCCCUAUCUUGUGUGGAAGUGUCGUACAAUAACAUUUUAUUUUCUUCUUUAAAAUCUUUACAACCACACAUGAAGUUGUCCAGCGUUUUCAGUUGCACAUCAGUGAGAUCUCUCCUCAGUGUCACCCCUGAAAACAUCCUGAUGGUUUUAGAGCAGCUAACUUUGACAGCAGUAGGUUGUAGAUGGUCGGUCCUCGGCCUGCUAUUCUAAUAGAAGUGUUCAUAAAAUGGCUAAACUGAGAUCAUAAAGGUUGGACAUGAUCUCCAGCACACUGGGAUGAAUUGUUCCAAAACAAUCUCCCCAUAUAGUUGUUAACAGAAAUCUGAACUCUUCAUGCAAGUUAGCAUGUGUCCAUGAUUCUAUGUUGUCUUCGUCCCACUUAAAAAAAAAUCACAGCCGUGAAUGAGAGCCAGACGUUUAACAAUUUACAAAUUGAAGCUUCAACUUUCUGCAGUGACACUUUGUGUUGUUUUUAACUGCAGUUUCAUGUCUCUGUCGUGCAUUUAGAGAUGAUCUUCUGUGUAUCUUGAUUUGAACAAAUGGCCAUUUUAGUUACUGUCGCCUCACUGUCAUCUCAGAUGCGUUUGGCCAAAUCUCUUUUAACUUCUGGCAUCGACAACCUGCCUUCAAGUGUAUUGUUGCUCUCAGGAUAUUUUUUCUCCUUUUUUGGGGGCAUUUUCUGUAAACCCUGAAGAUAUUUGUGCACAAAAAUCAGACCAGCAGUUUGUAAAAUGCUUGAAACAACCCACCACAUGAUCCAUUCAGACUCCGUCUCUUCCUCUGCAUUUUAUCACUCGGUUUGAAUAUGCAUGCUCGAUUAAAUGCCCUGCUUUGUUGCCAUGUGAUUUACUUUUACUCGACUUCCCUCAGUAAGCAGUUUGCCUGAUACCAGAUACCUAAUGCUGCAGCUGAUGUGUAUUUGAAUCUCCUCCUUUGACAUGUGUUGCCAGAAAAUGAUAUUUUACAAUUAUUGAAUUUACAACAGGAUUUUCUGUUCUGUAGGAAAUGAUUAGUUCUGUGCUGUGCUACAAAAGCUUUUUGAGUGCCAUGUAUCGGUUGUAAUUUUUCCCACUCCAGCUACAUAUAUUCAGGCUUCUUCCCACAACAAAUGAAAAGGUACAUCAUUGUGUGUGUGUGUUUGUUUACAAAACCAUGUGAGCAUGUGGCGUGUCUGACAUGAAUGUGAGCAUUAUUUAUGUUCUUAUUAAGUUACUGCUGCACAGGUCAUGCGAUUUUGUCUAACAGUGCCAAUAGUGUGAUUUUGUUUACAGUAACAAUGCUUUACUUUAUCUCCGUGUUGAUGCAUUUGUUCAGCAGUUUAACCUCUUCACUGUUUUACUAUGGCAGAUGAUGCAGUUUUUUUUUUUUGUUUGUUUGUUUUUUAAAAAAAAAAAGGUGUAAACACUCUGAAAUAAGUGCCUGGGAAAGUGCCUGUAUUAUCAGAUCCA